AUGCGAGGGACCACGUCACGAUGGUCGACCAAUCCCUACUGCGCCUUGGUGAUUGGUGUCAUAGCUUGCGGCGGGAUUCCGAAAGGUAUGGAAUUGGUGGAGUGGCUGAAGAUGGGCGAUCUGCCGCACCUGGCAAACAUAGUGACAGCGACUAAUUGCGCACCGUUACUAGGCUAUGACGAGGGUGGCUAUAGCGCCAGUGUCUCCCUCCCCUCCUUCAAGUCCGACUACGACCUCGAUCCAUCACAUUGGCAGAACAAUGCUGCCGGGCUAGCCAAUCGAAAAGCGAAUAUAUCAUCUUUCAACGUUUUAGGCGCAGCGCUCGGUGCCCUGAUAGUCCUCGAUCUAAACGAUCGACUCGGGCGGCUGGUGGCGUGGCGCCUUGCAUGCAUCGUGUGGGCAACAGGGACAUUCAUCCAAAUAUUCGCAUCUGGUAUAUAUGGACUGUUAUUGUUUAGUCGAAUCUGGGGUGGAUUGGGUGCAGGCGCCCUAACAGUAACUGCGCCGCUGUAUUUAACCGAAAUAGCCCCUGUUAGGACGAGAGGUCUGGUGGUGGGGGUGUACAUGGUAGUCUUAUUGGCCUUCCUGGCUACUGGGUUCUUUGUCAAUUACGGUGCCAGGGUUCAUAUGUCGAUCACACCCGCCCAAUAUCGGCUAGUUCAGGCGGUGCCAUUAAUCCCUGUCGGUAUUGCAUACGGGCUGUCGUAUCUUUGUCCUGAAACUCCUCGGUAUCUAGUUUCGAAACAGCUGCAUCAGCAAGGACUGGAGGCUCUGGCACGGCUGCGUGGCAAAGCUAUCAAUGAUGCUGAGAUCAUAUCGGAGUUCGAGUCUAUCAAUGUACGGGAGCGAGACCGGGCGGCAGAUCGAGGCUCUGCCUCCCAUUGGACUCUGUUCAAGGAGACACAGAUGAACUCGAAUUACCGGCAACGCUUCUGGUUGCUGAUCACGAUGCAGACUAUCGGUCAGUGGACCGGCGGGAAUGGUAUCACAUAUUACGUGACGAACGUAUUUCAGUAUGCCGGUAUAUCAGGCGAUGGACAAUCCCUAGUUUCCUCUGGUGUCUACGGGAUAAUCAAAUUGAUCUUCACGAUGGCCUUUACAUGGUGUCUAAUCGACCUCCUCGGUCGACGUCGCUGCACACUCGCCGGACUCAGUCUACAGCUGUGUGCACAUAUCUAUAUGAGCAUAUACAUGGGCCUUCGCCCGGGCUCGUCAUCCAAUCAAAAUGCUUCCAACGCAGCUGUUGCCUCAGUCUUCAUCUAUGCCAUUGGCUGGUCCAUCGGUCUCUGCACAGUACCAUAUCUUUAUGGCACGGAGAUCUUCCCAACGCGCAUCCGUAACGUGAGCUACGCCAUCAGUAUGGCGCUGCACUGGUUCUUCCAGUUUGCAGUUGUGCGCGUUACCCCCAAUAUGUUCGUCUCGCUUGACGUCUGGGGGGCUUAUCUCUUCUGGGCACUUAUUUGCUUCUCUGGGCUAGUUAUUCUUGGUAUUUGGAUGCCUGAGACGAAUGGAGUGCCGAUUGAGCGGAUGGGUGAUUUGUUCGAUGGGCCGUGGUAUUUGCGGUGGCGGGCCAAACCCAAGUACUGCGAGGCUGAUUCGGAGCCUUCUACGGCGAAGACUAUUGCAUCCAAGGCCGACCGUAACUUGAAAGCUAAUGAAUAG